UGUGUUGAGGGGACUGAUAGAUUCCGGGGGUCUGUUUCGUCAACAGAAGCUUUCUCAGAGCCCCACUUUAAAAAAGUUCAGGUUUCUUGGGAGGGGGGCUGGCGGGGCCCCACAGCUAGGACCCCCAUUCUUCUCCCAUUUCAUCUAUCUGAUGAAAUGCCCCCACUCCUCUUGCCUUAGAAGGGUCUGGAGGGCAGGGUGAAGGGUUGGAAAACCCAAAUGCAAUCUUCAGUGGGCCCUCCAGCCCUCUGAGGCCAGACUCGAAUCUGAUUCUGAUUUAAAUCUACUCCUCUUUCCCUGUCCAAACACUGCCCUGGUUCGUCUUCCCUCUGGGGUGGAGGAGGACCCCACUUUUCAUCUCUGAUAUCCUGUCUGGCUUCCUGCGCUCCCCCCUCCCCCAGUCUCCCUCUCCGUGGAGUGAAGUCACCAGGGCUGGUUGCCAGAAGAUAAACGGGAUGGGAGUGGGGACACUGUUUUGUUGCUGAUGUUCUGGUGUCUGUUGAUGUUCACUGGUGGGUGUGUUUCGCCCUUCCCUGCAGGGCCCUGAGCCCCCUCCCUGUCUCUCCCUCCAGCCUUUCCUUUUCUGCCUGUCGGUGUCUGUCCUCUUGUGUGUCUUGACUUUCUACUUCUGCUCCCGUAGUACCCUUCCAGCCAAGGACACCCCAAAGAGUGUGGUCUGGAGGACCCCCGUCCCCCAGGGUUGCUGUAGAUGAGUCCUCUGGGCCACUGAGUCCUGGGUUCCAGGGGUGAGCAGCAGCAUCGGAAUGAAAGCCUGGGAGGCCCCAGACAGGCUAGGGAGCACUUGGUUUCUUUGGAUGUUAUGGAGCUCGGUCUGUCUCCACCUCAUCUCAGCAGCUCCCCGGAAGACCUGUACCUGACCCCUGGGACCCCUCCUGGGACUCCCCUGCCUCCCGAUGCCCCUCUGCCGGGGGAGGUGAAGCGGUCCCAGCCUCUGCCCAUUCCGACCAGCAGGAAUCUUCUUCGAGAGGAGGAGCUGCGGACAAGCUCUCUACCCUCCAUCCCCAACCCCUUCCCUGAGCUCUGCAGUCCUCCUUCGCAGACUCCCAUUCUUGGGGGUUCCUCCAGUGUGAGGGGGCUGCUCCCUCGAGACGCCAGCCGCCCCCAUUCAUCUGCAGUUUUUGGGGUACAGGUAGUAAAGGUGUACAGUGAAGAUGGGGCUUGCCGGUCUGUGGAGGUGGCCGCCGGUGCUACAGCUCGCUACGUGUGUGAAAUGCUGGUGCAGCGAGCUCACGCCUUGAGUGAUGAAAACUGGGGGCUGGUGGAGUGCCACCCCCAUCUGGCACUGGAGCGGGGCUUGGAGGACCAUGAGUCAGUGGUGGAAGUGCAGGCUGCCUGGCCCAUUGGUGGAGACAGCCGCUUUGUCUUCCGGAAGAACUUCGCCAAGUAUGAACUGUUCAAGAGCUCCCCACACUCCCUGUUCCCAGAAAAGAUGGUCUCCAGCUGUCUGGACGCACACGCAGGCCUAUCCCAUGAAGACCUCAUCCAGAACUUCCUCAAUGCAGGCAGCUUCCCAGAGAUCCAGGGCUUCCUGCAGCUCCGGGGGUCAGGACGGAAGCUUUGGAAACGCUUCUUCUGCUUCCUGCGCCGGUCGGGCCUCUAUUACUCCACAAAGGGCACUUCCAAGGAUCCAAGGCACCUGCAGUAUGUAGCAGAUGUGAACGAGUCCAAUGUGUACGUGGUGACCCAGGGCCGCAAGCUCUAUGGGAUGCCCACGGACUUCGGCUUCUGUAUCAAGCCAAACAAGCUUCGAAAUGGCCACAAGGGGCUUCGGGUCUUCUGCAGCGAGGAUGAGCAGAGUCGCACCUGCUGGUUAGCAGCUUUCCGCCUCUUCAAGUAUGGGGUGCAGCUAUAUAAGAAUUAUCAGCAGGCGCAGCCUCGCCACCUGCGUCCGCCCUGUAUGGGUUCCCCACCUUUGAGGAGUGUCUCUGAUAACACCCUGGUGGCCAUGGACUUCUCUGGCCAUGCUGGGCGUGUCAUCGAGAACCCCCGGGAAGCUCUGAGUGCAGCCCUGGAGGAGGCCCAGGCCUGGAGGAAGAACCACCGUCUCAGCCUGCCCACCCCAGGCUCAGGCACGAGCCUCAGUGCAGCCAUCCACCGCACCCAACCCUGGUUCCAUGGACGCAUCUCCCGAGAGGAGAGCCAGCGGCUCAUCGGGCAGCAGGGCCUGGUGGACGGCCUGUUCCUUGUUCGAGAGAGUCAGCGGAACCCACAGGGCUUUGUCCUCUCUCUGUGCCACUUGCAGAAGGUCAAACAUUAUCUCAUCCUCCCGGUGAGUAAGCCCUAUCUCUUCGCCACGCCCCCUCGAGAAGCUCCCUGGCCCGCAGCGUGUCUGGGGGCUCCUGCUCUCUCCUUUGUCCCCGCGCAAGCCCUGGGGACCUCGGCCCCCACCAGGAGGGAGCCCCUCGAGCCCCUCCCUGACCUUCCACCCCACCUGCUAUGGCCGUCGUCCCCCCAGAGUGAGGAGGAGGGCCGCCUGUACUUCACCAUGGAUGACGGCCAGACUCGCUUCACGGACCUGCUGCAGCUCGUGGAGUUCCACCAGCUGAACCGUGGCAUCCUGCCGUGCCUGCUGCGCCACUGCUGUACUCGCGUGGCCCUCUGACGGCCACAGAAGCAGGCAUGUGUCUCAGCCUGUUCUAGGCUGGCCACUGUCCCCUAUGCUCAUAGGGUGGACUUGGAGGGCGCAGAAGGUGGGGACAGGCUCAUGAAUGAUUAGACGGCUCCCCUACUCCAGAGAGUUCUCUCCUCUGCCCCUUUGCUUCCCUCAGGCAGAAAGUGCUCCUCACCCACUCCACCCCCAACCUGUCUCCUCAAGCGAAGCACUCGGGUGGCCUUCCCCUUCACGGAACUCCUGGGCACCGCCCUGGGGCAGGGUGUUUUGGGAGAGAUGGGGUAGCCCAGGUGGUCUUAUGCCCCACACUUUGUACAGACUGAGAGGCCAGUUGAUCUGCUCUGUUUUAUACUAGUGACAAUAAAGAGUAUUUUUUGAUACA